GGCGGGUGGGUGGGUGGGUGGGGGAGAAGAGCCGCGCCCUCCGCUCCGCCAGCCGGCUGGGGCUUCCCUUCCUCCCCCGAUCCCACGUGCUGCGCGGACUCCGGCCGGGGAACAAAAGAGGCGCGCCCGGCUGCUCCGCUGGCGGAUGGCGGCUCCCUGCAGCCCGGAGAGCGGCGCGCCGGGGGAUCGGCCCCGCGUCUACUUCCAGAGCCCCCCGGCGGGGGCGGCCGGAGGGGAAGCGGGGGCCGAGGACGAGGAGGGCCCGGUGCGGCGCCAGGGACGCGUGACGGUGAAAUACGACCGCAAGGAGCUGCGGAAGCGGCUGCACUUGGAGGAGUGGAUCCUGGAGCAGCUGACCGUCCUCUACGACUGCCAGGAAGAAGAAAUCCCUGAAUUAGAAAUAGAUGUGGAUGAGCUUUUGGACAUGGAAAGCGACGAAUCGCGGAGCGCCAGGGUGAAGGAACUUCUUGUCGAUUGCUACAAGCCUACAGAGGUUUUCGUAGUGGACUUGCUAGACAAGAUCCGAGGGAUGCAGAAACUUAGCACCCCGCAGAAGAAGUGACCUCCUGACCGUGAGCGGCCCUCCUGCGUGGCUCCGGCCAUUCGGUGGCCCGCGUGUCGCCGGAAAUGUUAGCAGUGCUGGGUUCCUGGGAAGGAAUGGGGAGGGGGCUCUUUCACAGGGCUGGGGAGAAUCCAUUAAGCUUCCCCCUCCCUUCAAGCACCACCACAAUAAGGG